CACGGCAGGACCGUGACCCGACAGCGCCGCGCGGACUGAGCGAGGCAGAGCCCCGGCGGAGGUAUAUCGCUGGAGCCUUUCUCAGCGCAGCGGUGACAUUAAAAAAAAAAAAAACACCUGAUAGAAGAAAAAAGAGGAAGCGCAGCUUUCUAUGCAGCCGCUUUUUGUUUCUCGGCUUGACUUCUUUUUUUUUUUUCUCAUAGAAACCCGCUGUGGGUUAGAUAGUUAUUGGAGUUGACAAGCCCGCUUCACUACUGUAUCUACCCCCCUCCUCUUCCUCCUCCUCCUCUCCCGCUCCACAGAACCAGGAAAUCACCGAGGUGUGCUUCUUUACCCCGCUGGUGGCUGCCCCAUUUGCGGGUGUAGAUGCGCUGUUUCCCCCCUCCAUUUCUCCGCUUUUUGACGGUGUAGUUUUCUUUUUAAAUUAUUAUUAUUAUUAUUUCCCACCCGCUGUGGCCGUAGACGCCUGGGCCUCGCCGCUGAAGUCAGCCGAAGUUGCCUUCGAGGAGAGGAGCUCCACUCUGGCCGAACAAUGAGUGAGUCGAGUAUUUGCCAGGCUCGGGCCACUGUGAUGAUCUAUGAUGAUGGCAGCAAAAAGUGGCUCCCAGCAGGUUCAGGACCCCAGAACUUCAGCAGAGUCCAGAUCUAUCACAACCCCACAAACAACAGCUUCCGGGUAGUCGGACGCAAGAUGCAGACAGAUCAGCAGGUGGUUAUAAACUGUCCAAUUGUAAGAGGGCUCAAAUACAACCAGGCCACACCCAAUUUUCACCAGUGGAGAGAUGCCAGACAAGUUUGGGGGCUCAACUUUGGUAGCAAAGAAGAUGCUACCCUCUUUGCCAACUGCAUGGCUCACGCUCUGGAGGUCCUCAAUUCCUCGGCAGACGCAGGUUACGCAACCCUCCCCCGGCCAGUGUCAAAUGGACCUUCUCCUGAAGAGCUCGAACAGCAGCGGAGGUUGGAGCAGCAGAGGCAGGAGCAGCAGGAACGAGAGCGGCUGGAGAGAGAGCGUCAGGAGAGAGAACGACAAGCCGCUGCAGUCCAUGUCCCUGCAGCUCCACCCAUGGCCCCUGGAGGUCCAGCUCCUCCUCCUGCUCCUCCACCACCCCCGGGGCCUCCCCCAGCUGCAGGCAUCCCUCCUCCUCCUGGACCACCUCCCACAGGACCUCCACCAGCUCCGCCACUGCCUGCUGCAGGCGGAGGGGGCGGCGGAGGAGGCGGUGGAGGAGGUGGAGAUGGCGGGGGUGGAGGGUUAGGGGGAGCUGGAGGCUUGGCGGCUGCCCUUGCAGGAGCUAAACUCCGCAAAGUGUCCAAGCAGGAGGAGGGCGGUUCUGCAGCUCCUCCAGCCAGAACCGAGUCUACCCGAGUCAGCAAUUCCGGAGGCGGAGGAGGAGGAGGAGGAGGAGGGGGAGGAGGAGGGGGUUUGAUGGGUGAAAUGAGUGCCAUUCUAGCACGCAGGCGAAAAGCUGCAGAUACGGUAGAGAAGCUGCCGGUGAAGACACAAGAGAGUGAUGAUUCAGAGCCUCAAGGUCAAAGUGAUACACUGAGAAGACCUUGGGAGAAGUCGUCCAUGUCUAGGAAUAACUCCAUCCCCAAGAGCAUGGACACCACUCCCUCAUUGCCCCAAACUCCAAGGGCUAAGGGUGCAGCCAAUAAUAACAACGAUGCAGGCGGAGCUGAUGACUCGGAUUUAGAGAAACUUAAACAGGAGAUCUUGGAGGAGGUGCGGAAAGAAUUACAAAAAGUCAAGGAGGAAAUUAUCGAAGCCUUUAUUCAGGAACUUCAGAAGAAAAGCACAUAGUUCUGCUGAGUUGCCAGGUUUAGUACAGGGGUGCAUCUUCCAUCAACCCCUCUCUCCUGUAGCCCAGGGAUUUCUCCUACACCUUUUUCUCUUUUUUUCUCUAUCAAUCUUAAAACACAAGACAGCAUUCUCGCUUAUUUGUACAACAAACUUUCAUUUCAUGUCAAAUAUAAUCCAGGGACUUCCUCACGUCACCAUCCAGCACUUCGGAUGAUGCCACUUGUGUCCACUCCCUUACGCUGUCAGAUGCAUCAUUACUGUUAGAGCACUCUUCAGUAUUCAGGGAAAGUUUUAUUUACAUUUUUUUUUGUACUCCAAUGGCAGAUCCUUUUUGCUAAAACGUGACAUAGUUACUCAAAGUAGUUUUAGUUGGAAUCGCUAUAUUCAAGGAUGGAUCUGGAAAUCAGAAACUUUCAUCUCCUCCGAGACUUUGACCUUCCAGGAAGGACACGACUCAAAAGCCUUCACUGCUGCAACAAAGAGAUGCUCGGGGAAGAGGAGGCGUGCAAAAGGGAAUCUAUUGGACGCGCCGAGUGCUGUGAAAGAGGAGUGUUUUUUUUUUUUUUGUUUUUUUUGUGAGAACUUUAUUUCUCUUUGCAUUGCACUUGUUUUGGAGGUGUGUCUGUGUGCCACACUGCCUUGAUAAACUAUUCCCUCUGACUCAAAAGUAGACAUUAUCUGUCAGCCAAUAGCAGUGGUUCUACUGUAUACUGUGCUUCCACCAGUUUUUUUUUUUCCUUCUUCAUUACAGAUAUGUCGUUUUUUUUUUUGUUUAAUUCUGAAACAUGAAAAUGGCCAUAAUGAGGUCAAUUAAUUUGGCCAUGACCAACUGCCUUGAGAAUAAAACUAUAAAUAUAGAUAUCUAUAUAUAAGGAAAUAUAUAUAUUUGUUUUGAGGGAAAAUGUUAGAAAAAAAUGAAAUUGUUUCUAUUUUAAUUACUAUGACUGGUGAGUGGGGAUUUCAUUUUUUUUCAUUGAUAGUUUCUUUCUUUUUUUCUUAUGAAAUGUUAUUUUUUUGGGGGGGUUUUCCUUUUAUUUUUCCUCAUAGUCUAGGCUUUUUACACUGAAAAUAUAAAGAAAACAGCUUAGAGACACUGGACUAGAAAUGCCUUUAUAGUCAAAUACAGCUGCUUCUUAAAAUGCAUCACUUUGUGUUGUCUUUUUUUUUUUUUUUCUUUUUUUAAGAACUUGAAUUUUUUAUUAACUAUGAGCUGUACCACAAAAUAUUUUUGGUGACAACCCCAUUAAGGAUUAAAUAAAAGAAUGCUUUAGCUUCAA